CUAGACUGAGGAUUUGAAUAAUUGCGGGUCCCAACUGUCGUACGGUAGCUUCAAGUUUUGUCACAACAAUGGAAACUCCUUGCACCCCGACUUCUAAUUUUAGAGGAGGAGAUAAACCACCGAUAAAUGGCAAUUCCUCACCAUUCAUUAUGCCACAAACUCCAUUUAUGACUAAAAUUGGAUUCGGAACAGGUGUCAGUGUCUAUCAUCUUCAUAGGUCACCACGGUUUGGUAAUGAGCGUUCUCCUUGGGCCAUAAAAAAAAGAAAUGCUAGAGCUCUUAGAGGAAACAUCACUGAAAGAUUGUAUAAGGAGGCAAAAAUUUUGAGUUCUUUAGACCAUCCAAACAUUGUAGGAUUCCGUGGUUUUACUACUACACCUGAUGGCAGGGAGGUUCUACUGAUGGAGGAGUGCACUCAAUCCUUAGGCGAUUUCAUUGAAAGUUUCAGUAAGGAUUAUGGAGCAUUUUCUCCUCCCACAAUUUAUCAAGUUGUAUCAAGUGUUAGUCGAGCUCUUCAAUAUCUACACGAAGAUCAGAAAUUAAUUCAUGGAGACAUUAAAUCUUUCAAUGUUCUCAUUAAAGGACAAUUUGAGUCUAUCAAGCUAUGUGACUUUGGUGUGAGUUUAAAUAUUGGUGAAGAUGGGACCUCAGAUGAGGAAUAUAUCGGAACAUUACCUUGGACAGCUCCAGAAGCAUUAGAAGAUGGACCUAUCACAGAAAAAGUUGAUGUUUUUGCUUUUGGUCUUACAAUUUAUGAAAUGCUUACACUGAAACAACCACAUGAGAAUAGUUGUGAUGAUUCACUGAUGGAUGUGACAGUUGAAUCAGAAAUAUUGGACGAUUCUAUUGAAGAACCUUAUGGUACCCGACCAGAAUUACCUCCUUUGGGUUCUGAAUACAGUGACGUAGUUGCCCUAUUUAAUUGGUGCACUGAAGAGAAUUAUAAAAAAAGGCCAAGAGCACGUGAUAUGUUAAGUGUUUUGAUUGCCUAAGUACAAUAAUGCUGUUCACAUUUAAAUGAGCGAUUUUCAUUUAAGAUAUAUUAUAAAAUAAUGUGAUAAACAAAGACUUUUAAAUUGCAUAGUACGUUUUUAUAUUAAAUUUUAUCUUUAGAACAUAAGCAUAUGUGUAUUUAUGCAUUCUUUACUCAGUUUGGGAACCUUCUGAUUGAAUAUUUCUACUAAUAACACAGGACAAUGAUAGCUAUAACUUUUUUUUCUCUUAAAUCAAUUAAGGAAAAAUAUUAAUAAAUAAAAUGUGGCAAAAUCUACGUUUUGGAUUCAAUAUAUGAUUUUGUCGUACUUUUCUAUCUUUCAUCAUAAGCUGUCUUGCAUUAUUUUGUUCCUUAUGCCCUUUUUGUGUAAAUAAGCGUUACCUUUGUGAUAGAUGUUUUAUCAGUUCUCCCUUUAUCCUUUUUAGUGGCAACUAAAACUAUAGAAAAUGUUGAGAUGUGCUCGCAUUUACGGUAUAUUAUCAUUUGGCAUUAAGAGUGUUGAAAAAACAAAGAAUGAUAGCUAGGGAUUACUGUAGUGACUUGCAAUUUAUGUGUGUAAAUAUUAAUACUUAACCAUUGUGCCAUUACAAUGUCUUUUUUAAGUUUUUGUCUACAUCUUUAAUCUAGCUUACACAUUUUUUUUUUUUUUUCUAAAGUAUUAUGAUGUGAACCAUCAGUGUUUUUAGUUAUUAGAUUGUUUUUUUUUAGCGAAAUCUAGAUUAGACUGAUAUUGUUGAUUAAAUUUUAUAUAUUUCAUUUACUUAGUUUACAGGAUAUUCAUUACCAUGUGUUAUUAUGGUUCAGUAUUUUAAAUGGUAUUUUUUAUAAUAGUCAUUAGAAAUUAAUGAGAGAGAAAAAUAUAUGUAUUGUUGGGAAGUAAUCAUGUAUUUUAUUUUUCCCCACCUCAAUUUCUAAUAACCGUAAACAAAUUUGAAACAUUCUCCCUGCAACACUUAAGGAGACAGCCCUGAUGAAGGCCUGAACUUCAGGUCGAAACGUCGGCAUACGUAAAAAUAAAUAUUAUCAUUUAUUUUUGCCUUCCUUUUUGACUGACCACCCCAACUAUUCUUUUCUUCAUUAUGCACGACAGUCAACCAAUUACCAAUUAUG